UAUUUCGAUACAGAAUAUAUUUUAAAUAAAGUUUCUUUGGCGUGAUUUGUGUAUAGUAUAUUCACAUAUUUGAAACAAUAUUUCUACAAAAUGAAUGCGCCGGUUCUGCGUCGGCUGAAAAAAUCAUCAAGUACAGUUGGAAGUGUACCAACAUUCCGGAUAGUAGUGUUUGGACAAUCCGGAGUCGGGAAAACUGCAAUGAGUGUCCGGUUCGUCACAAAGAGAUUCAUUGGAGAAUAUGAUCCUACUUUAGAAAAUAUAUAUCAACAUUACGUUGUUGUUGGCGGAACUCCCGUUCUAUUUGAAAUUAUGGACACAGCUGGCCAGGAAGAAAAUGAGUUGAUGAUGGAGGAAAAAAUUCGAUGGGCAGAUGCUUUUAUUCUCGUGUAUGCUAUUAAUGAUCAGACAAGUUUCGAAGAACUUCCGAGGUUCAAAGUUACGAUCACGCACACGAUCGCGCAAAUGAGUCACCAACACAAGCAAGUACAACCAGAACCAGUCAUCACUAUUGUUGGAAAUAAAACAGACUUAGAGCCGGAUCGAAUGGUUGAUAGAUUACGUGGCGAAGGUCUUGCAAACAGUUUGAGAGGUGAUUUCCGAGAAAUAUCUGUACGAGACGGUCUGAACGACGUGAUCAGUGUUUUUGAAGAUACUUACGAAUUCUACAAAACUCGAAUGGCAGUAUUCCAUUCUUUGAACGACAGCAAUGGUUCUUUGAGAAAGAAAGGGAAAUCUUUCAAAUACGUUGACAGAAUACCAAGAAUGCAAGGAAAACGUCGAAACUAUAGUUAUAAUGACUUAUUACCACGUCAUCACGUCAUCAAUGACGUGAUCAGUGACAUUAUGACAAGUAAAAUUGAUGAAGAUGAAAUAUCUGAUAACUUUCCUAGUUCCGGGAACAACUCGCGAUUCUUUCACAGAUCUACUGCCUCACUACCAACUGAUGUCAUAGCCAGUAAUCCCGAAAAUGGUAGACCGCCCAUGAGAUCUCGCCGGAAUGCAGUAGUCGGGCUCACAAAUGGGAUACAUUUAAACAGUGACACGCAAUCUUCAGAUUCCGACCAGGACCGUAGACGUCAGAAGCUUAUAAAAUCAUCCCACUUAAGUGACGAUUCGCUCAAUGAUCGCCACAGGUCCUCGGUGACAAGAGCCCGUACUUUAAGAAUAUAUGACUCUAACAACAACAGUGAGAUGGGCGCAAACAGACGGUGUAGGUCACAAGAGCACAUUGAUCUAAACAGGUCGAAUAGUAUGGUAGAAACUUUUACAAAACGCGCAAUUUCUUUUGACAUUUCAAAUAGACUAUCAAAACGUGUUUAGUAACUGAGCAAACCUUUUGAAAUUUUUACUUUGCGAAUUGUUUCUUGUUUCAUAUAAAGCCGACAACAUUUUACAAUAUCAUCAUAUUUUUAAUUAAAAACCUAUUGUACGUUGUCUAAAAGGAACUUCACCUUCAGAUGCUACUGGUUUCACAAACAUCGUCAGGAAACAACCCCUCCAUAGUAUCACCUAACGAUCAUAAAUCAUUGUUGAACAUUUCGCCCUACAAAAUUGUUAUAAUGUAGUGAAACGUUUCCCAAAAAUAAAGAUCAACUAACUUCCCUCAUUAUGUUCCUCAACGUGUUCUUUAACAAUGUAUAAUAGGUGUGUGUAGUGACAAAUGUCUUUUGGCUUUACUCAAAAAUUGCGAUUCAAAUUUUGGUAUAGGGUAAAUUUGUUGAAAGUAAUAUCGACAGUUUCAAUUGAACUUCAUCUUCCUGGAAACCUUCUAUUUUUUAUUGGUAGCUACUGUGAAGUAAAAUUUUGUAAUAAGUGUUUUAAAAAGAAUCGUGUUAUGUUCUUGGAUUUAUCACAAUAAUUUCGGAUUCAUGUAUAUACUAAUGCAGGCAGUAUGCAUGUUGAUGAUUCUUGAACGCAAAUAACCGAAUUAAUUGGAAAAAGUACAAGCAAACACAUACAUCCAUGUUCAUUUAAAUUUUUCUGUUAAUAUUUCACAUGGCAAUCAAUUCCUGUUUAAAUUAGCCUAUUAUAUCGUACUUUACUUAAUUUAUUUCAUUUUCUAAUUGUUAUUUCUUAUUUGCUUUGUUUUAUUUAAUUUCUUGUUUAAUUAAAUUUGAAUAUAGAAAACCAAUAAGUCUA